AAUCGACCACUUGCUGGCAGUGUAGUUUGCAGACGACAGUAACAAGAUGGCUGCCAUUGAGGAGGAACCCAUCGAGGAAGAUACUAUGAGGAGUGAGCUUGAGGAGAUACAGAUGGAGAUGAAUGCCAAGACAGAUGAGUCACUGGAGAGUACCCGGCGUAUGCUGGCGCUUGCUGAAGAGAGCAAGGAAGCUGGGAUUAAGACACUGGUUAUGCUUGAUGAGCAAGGAGAGCAACUUGACCGCAUCAAUGAGGGAAUGGACCAAAUUAAUCAGGACAUGAAAGAUGCAGAGAAGAACUUGGAGGGGAUGGAGAAGUGUUGCGGGCUCUGUGUGCUUCCAUGGAACAAGAGUAAAAACUUUGAACGAGGCUCUGCUUAUGACGCUACUUGGAAGGCUACAGAUGAUGGCCCUACCAAUACAAAUGGCCCAAGAAUGGUGGUGAAUGACGGUGGCGGCCCAGGCCAAAUGGGUGGAUAUGUUACUAAGAUAACAAACGAUGCUCGGGAAGAUGAGAUGGAGCAAAACAUCCAGGAAGUGAGUGGAAUGGUCGGAAACUUACGUAACAUGGCGGUUGACAUGGGCAAUGAGAUAGACACUCAGAAUAGGCUCCUGGAUAGGGUCAACCAGAAGGCAACUUCUAAUGAAGUGCGCAUCCAGGAGGCAAACAAAAGAGCCAACAAGCUUCUUAAAGAUGCAUAGAAACUGUUGCCAUAGUUUCCAAGUGGCACAUCAUCAUUGCAACAUACUUAGCUUUUACUUUGGUUUUGUCGUCCCUCUGUGUAUAUUCUCAAAUCAUCGCCAUGGUUACCAGCAAGCCUGCAUGGCCAGCAUCUUAUCAUUCCAUAUUGUACUGGUUACCAUAGCAACCAUAGCAAUAUCGUCAUGGAGACUGUACAUAGACAUGUUUUUGACAGUGAUGGCUAGAAAUUGACAUGUGUAAAGUGUAAAUAUGGCUAUGGCAUGUGCUAAUUCCUCAGUAACUUUAAACAUCUUGACAGUGUGAAGAGAAACUAUACAAUAUCAACAGGAUGUUUACAGUUACUGACUUGUAUUUAUUUACAAGACCAUUUGGGUAAAGACAGUGUAUAGAAUAGCCGUAUGAUAGUUUCAAUAUAAGAAUGCCAAUUUAAUUUAAGUUGUACAUUUUAUAUAUUUAAUAAUCAGUUGCAUGACUGUUUUAAAGUGCUGUAAAUUCUCAAGUCAGUUAAUGAAAGAAAGCAUGUUAUCACAAGAGCAUGUGAAAUGUUUGUUUUACUUAAGAGCAAUGGGAACAAGAUGAAAUGUCUUAUACCCCCCUGUAUGCAUGCAUUUUAAGAAAAAGACAAAAUUUGUAAAAAAAAUGUAAAUUGAGGUUUGAGAAUGUUAUUGUACAGUUAAGUGGUUGCAUAGUAGACGAACUUGUUUUAUGGUACAUGCGAAUUGCUGCAAUGGCCUAUGUAAGCGCAAACACAGUACACUUGCUUGUUCUUUUUACACUGAUGCCUGGAAGAGAGGGACCUGUUAUACUCACAAAAUGCACAAAUUCAGUAUUUUUAAUGUUUGUUCUUUCAAUUGCAGAGCUGU